AUGAAAAUAUCACGACUACUUAUUUUUAUAGUUUCACUUAUUUUAUGUUGUUUAUACAACAAGAAUCUGGUAAGCGUAUAUUGUGAUAGUACUGCUGACGAUGUAUAUUUGAGUACAUUAAAAGAACUAAACUUAAGUAAAGAAUUUAUAAAUAUAUUCAGUGAUAAAAAUGUACGUGGUACUAUUGAAAAAUAUAUUACAGAAGAACAUUUAAAAUAUUAUAUAAGUGAUAUUAGAAAAUGCGAAAAUUAUGUAAUAAAAACUUUGGAAAAGUUGCUAGUAAGGGAAUAUCCAUCCACCAUAGGAAAAAAAGAAUUACUUAUUAAAAAUGAUUUACUUAAAUUUUUAAGUGUAUUAUUUACGAAACAUGAAAAAAUUGUUAGGAAAUUUUUUGAUGAUUUUUCAAGUACAGCAUUUGAUGUAGGAGAGAAAUAUCGUAAUCUUGAAAAUAAGUUUUCUGAAGAAUGUACCAAUAUUGAAAAUUUGAAAAAAACAUACUCUUUAGUUUUUAGUGAGGUCAAUUAUUCCUUAAGUAGCACGAAGCCGACCAAGGAUGAGGACAUCAAUAAUGAAGGUGUUACUAGUACAUCCAGCACUACCAGUAAUGGUAGUAAUGAAGGUGUUCAUUUUAACGAUAUUAAAGAUGAUGUUCUUUCCAAGGUGGCAACUCUAAAAAGUAUUCUGCCAAAGUUGAGAAACAAAGUUGUUGCACUAUAUAAUGUUAAUUAUCGUUUAAAUGAAUACAAGCAUGACAUAGAUGUGAACAUUUUGAAGUACAAGAAUAGGAAGAAGAUGGAUUUAACGCACAUUAAAUCUAUCAGUAGUACCGAUGUUUCCUCAACGAACGAAACUUCGAACGAUACCUUGAACAGUACUACUGGAACAACUGCUAACACGACGGCAAGUAUUGGUUCGAACAAUGUCGACAUAACUGCAGAUAUGUUAAACCUAUUGGAAGAGGUGACAUCAAAAUUGAUGUUCAGCUUGAGAAUGAAGAUUUCGAGUACAAGAGAUGAACUUCAAAAAAAAUUGACUAUGUUAGAGAGAGAAUUAAUUGAACUGUCAAAUGAGAUUACCCGUUUGGAUAUUGAACAAAUAAUCCCCAAAUUGCCAAUAUAUAAAAAUAAGGACUUUUUAAAUAUAGAGAGUAUUAGAGGGGAAUAUCGCGAUUAUGUGAAAAUGAUUGAAGAGGGUCAGAAUAAUAUUAAUAGUAGCAGCAGUAGUAAUGGUAACAGUAGUAAUGGUAGCAGUAGUAAUGGUGGCAGUAGUAAUGGUGGCAGUAGUAGCAGUUCAGACGAAAAGAACAGGAACGGUGAUAUUAGCACAAGUACGAACAGUAGUUGGAAAAACAAUAACAUGAUUUUUGAAAGAACGCUUUUGUUGUUAGAGAGGCAUUCAUACUGGAUAAGAGAUAAAAAUGCACUUGCACACACAGAGAGGGAUGACAUUAUAGAGGUUUUAAAGAACACGUUAAGUUUAGUGGAGAAGCUAAAACAUAUGGUUAUCAAUGAAAGCUUCAAUUUAUUAAUGACAUAUGAAAAUUUAUAUAUAGAGGUAAAUAAAUUUCUGUAUAAUCAGAGAUAUAAUGCAUAUGAAUUUGGGUAUAUGAAACAAUGGAAUUCUGUAGAAAAUUACCGAGGCACAAAAAUAUUAAUUGAUGGUGUUGAGAGACUUUUACGUAUUAUUUCAGUUCUAACUGGAAUGAUAAAACAUUUCAAAAAUCAAAACAAGAAUAUCAGUUCAAAUUCUAACGUUAACUUAAAUAGAAUAGAAGGGGGUUUUAAUAGUGCAGAGGAGAAAAUAAAGAUGUUAAAAAUGGAAUUAGCAAAUUUAAUGCAUUCACCAAAAAAUUUACAAAAUAUAAAAAACAAUUUGGAGAAGUAUGGACAUGUAUAUAAAGAAAAUAUUACAAAAUUGAAAAUUAUGAUGAAUUCUUUUUAUAUUGCAUCAGGUAAUUUACAAUCCGAAAUAGAGAAUAUUCUUCGAAUAAUUAGUAACAUAAUUUAUGCUGAUAAUUUAUUAGAAGAAUUGAACAAAAUUAGAAAUGUUUGGAAAAAAUAUGUAAAAAAUAUUUCUAAAAGUUUUAAAGAUAAUAAUACUAAUAAACUUAUGGAUGCUUAUAAAGGAAAUAAAAAUAUUGUUUUCCCUCAAGAAGCUGGAUAUUCAAAAUAUAAUAUAGUUACUGAAGCUAUUAAUAAAAAUACCUUAGCAGCUCCCUAUUUUAAGUUUUUAUAUGAAGGUGUUAUUAACACAUUUGAUUCUUUAAAUAAUGAAAAUGAUAUGAAAAGGUUUUUUUCAGUUAUAUAUAGAUCUGUAGAUAUUAUAAUUAAUAUUAUUAAAGAUAACCGAAAAAAUUUAAAAGGAAAUUAUAUCAUAAAACGAAAUGAAAUUUUAAAUCUUAUAAAUUAUAGAGAAGAUUCGAGAAAUAAUAUAAAAAAAAUAUAUGUUAAAUUAAUUGAUCUUGAAGGAGAUAUUAUCAAAAAUUUGCAAAAGUUAUUUAUGAAUAGAGUUAACUUGAGUAAACAAGUUGAAAAUUCCGUUGAACAUUUAAGAGAAGACUUGUUUAAAGAUAAGUUGCCCCCAUAUUGUAAUGCUGUUGAGAGCUUUAUUAAGAAAUACUUCCUUACCAUGACAAGAUGGAAAAAUUUUAUAAACGAGAACAGAGAAGCUAUCCCAUCGAAGCUCAUAUACAAAAUUGAUGCGUUGUAG